AUGCCGCGGGAGGUGAUUGAGCAUCUUACUGGCAACCAGCAGCGUGGCGUCCCACCUUCGUCAGCGGACCCGUGGCGGCAGCGUAUCGAUGAUCUCUCGGAGGACAUACUGUGCUUCCCAGUGUCGACGAGCGUUUUAGAGAUGCGCCUUAAGCCCCUAGCAAAGCACUGGACGCAACUGCAGGAGCAGCGGCGCCGCAGAUCCCGGGCCAUACCCCGCAACGGCAUGCAAGGAGAUGGCAUCACGGGAGGUCGGGGCUGCGAAGAAAGGGCCAAAAACGGACCCCGCACGGGCGAGGGGCCAUCGUCGAAUAGACGUGUCGUGGCGAUCACGCUACCGUUGCUCUGCAGGAUGUGUCUGUGGGAACACGAGUAUGGUGCGGACAUGGCCUGUGAGAUGAUGCUGUUGUACCUGGAGCGAUUCUCCGAGGCCGAAGUUCGCGUGAUCUCCAGAAAUACUUGGCGGCGACAGCGUGCGAAGCCGUCUGAGCCCACCCGCUCACGCGGCGCGUGCGACCUCGAGGACGAAGUUGGACCUGCGGUUGAUGUCAAGGACCUGGUCGUGGUGUUCCCGCUCUAA